AUGGCAGCGCCACCAAGAGCGGCCACAGCAGCCCAGUCGUCGGCGGGCUCAACCGCAGAAAUUUACGGCGCUAUUGCCAAGGCCCUGGAUAUUUACUUGUUGGUGCUGACGCUGCGGGUCAUCCUGACCUGGUUUCGGAACAUCAACUGGUUCAACGAGCCUUUUGCGACACUGCGACAGUUCACGGACCCAUUUCUCAACGUGUUCCGUGGCAUUCUGCCCGCCUUUGGCGGCAUCGACGUGUCGCCCAUGCUGGGCUUCCUGCUGCUCAACUUUGUGCGCAAUCAAUUAGUCCACCUGUCCCGUACCAUGAUCCUGUAA